AGUCAUCGUGAUUGUCAGCAUUUGUCAAUUGGAUCGGUAAAGAAAUCCAAAUAGGAAUUUUAUGUUGUAGAAAUAAUAAUUUGCAAAAAAUAAAUAAUUAAAUAUGAGUGUACGUGUAAUUAAUGAUGAUGCCCACUUUCAAUCAGAGCUUAGUUCAGCCGGUAUACGUCUUGUGGUCGUAGAUUUUACUGCUAGUUGGUGUGGACCAUGUCAACGUAUAGCACCACAUUUCGAGAUUCUUCCAACCAAAUAUCCAAAAGCAAUUUUUCUCAAAGUUGACGUUGAUAAAUGUCAGGACACUGCAGCGAGCCAAGGUGUUUCAGCUAUGCCCACAUUUAUAUUUUACCGGAACAGGACAAAAAUAGAUCGUGUCCAAGGUGCAGAUAUAAUGGUAUUAGAAAAUAAGAUUCAGGAGCACAUCGGAUCUAGUGGCGGAGACGAAGCUGGUGAGGACUACGGUCAAGGUCUUAUGGAGUUAAAUACAUUCAUUUCGAAACAGGAAUGUGAAUGUUUGAACGAAGCUGAUGACCAUUGCUUAAAUCAUUGCCUUACAUCGAAUGGUGGUUAUCUGCAAUCGGAUUGUGAUGAGCAAUUAAUAUUGUCAGUAACUUUCAAUCAACUUGUGAAAAUACACUCAUUGAAGUUCAAAGCUCCACCACACUUAGGACCAAAAGAAAUUAAACUGUUUAUAAAUCAACCAAGGACAAUCGAUUUUGACAUGGCCGAGUCUAUGACUAGUGUGCAAGAUUUAACCUUGGAUCCCAAGGAGCUUGAAAACGGCCAGCCAAUCAAUCUGCGUUACGUGAAAUUUCAGAACGUUCAAAAUAUUCAAAUUUACGUUCGUAACAAUCAAUCAGGGGGAGAAGUUACACAAAUAGAUUACAUUGCAUUCAUAGGAUCUCCUAUUAUGACAACAAAGAUGACCGAUUUUAAACGUGUCGCAGGAAAAAAAGGAGAAAGUCAUUAAAAAAUUCAAUGAAAGGAUCGAAAUACAUAUUUGUGGAUUAAAGAGAAAUAUUUCCAACUAA